UAGACGUCGUUGAAGACCCAACCCCAUGCCCUAUUUUCUUCAAAGUAGCCAAUGUAGCCAAUAGUAUUUCGUGCUUAUGCCACGGACAAAUAGCAUGGUAGUAUGCACGUAUGUUGUGUGUGCCAUGGACUCAGCCCAGUAAUAUUGACAAUAGGGGGAAAAGAGAUUGCCCCAAAAUAGUGAGAAGAGGAAAAAAUAGCCGGAAAAGAGAGGGGUGCACCACUAGAAGGCGAUUGCUUCAACAAUCAGGGAAUGUGGUUCACCUCGCUUCUUCUACAUACAUCCGUGCACCGUUAUUAAUGGGACUUGGAGGAUUAUAUCCUUAGAAGGUGGCUAGCUACUGUAGCUAGCUGAAGGGUGCUGUGGGUUUGGCUAUCUGUGAAAGGCCAAGAUAGCUGGCUGGCUUUUUCUGCUGUUGCGGCAGGGAGAGACUAGCUAAUUGCUAAAGACUUAAAACAAGUGUAAACACUGUUAGCUAUCUAGCUGAACAGUCACUCCGGCCCGUCACCAUCUCCACACCUUAACACGGAACAAGCACGGCUAUGUCCUCAGCAGCCACCACGCCUCCAUCAGUGGACAAAGUAGAUGGAUUUUCCCGGAAGUCUGUCAGGAAGGCCAAGCAGAAGCGGUCGCAGAGUUCCUCCCAGUUCCGAUCUCAGGGCAAACCCAUCGAGCUUACCCCUCUGCCACUGCUCAAAGACGUCCCGGGCGGGGAACAGCCGGAGCUGUUCCUGCAGAAGCUGCAGCAGUGCUGCACGCUCUUCGACUUCAUGGACACGCUGUCCGACCUCAAGAUGAAGGAGUACAAGCGCUCCACCCUCAACGAGCUGGUGGACUACGUCACCGUCAGCCGGGGCUACCUGACGGAGCAGACCUACCCCGAGGUCGUCAAAAUGGUGUCCUACAAUAUAUUCCGGACCCUUCCUCCCAGCGAGAGCAACGAGUUUGACCCGGAAGAGGACGAACCCACGCUCGAGGCCUCCUGGCCACAUUUACAGCUGGUAUACGAGUUCUUCAUACGAUUCUUGGAGAGUCAAGAAUUCCAGCCAAGCAUUGCCAAAAAAUACAUAGACCAGAAAUUUGUAUUACAGCUCUUGGAGCUGUUCGACAGCGAGGACCCCCGGGAGAGGGACUACCUGAAGACAGUCUUACACAGAAUUUACGGGAAGUUCCUGGGGCUGCGGGCUUUUAUACGAAAACAGAUUAACAAUAUUUUUCUACGUUUUGUUUAUGAAACCGAGCACUUCAACGGGGUAGCUGAGCUACUGGAGAUCCUGGGAAGCAUAAUCAACGGCUUUGCCCUCCCACUGAAGGCAGAGCACAAACAGUUCCUGGUCAAAGUGCUGAUCCCCCUCCACACAGUCCGAAGUCUGUCUCUCUUCCACGCGCAGUUGGCCUAUUGUAUUGUACAGUUCCUGGAGAAGGACCCAGUAUUAACAGAACCAGUCAUCAGGGGAUUGCUAAAGUUCUGGCCAAAAACCUGUAGUCAGAAAGAGGUGAUGUUCCUGGGGGAGCUGGAGGAGAUCCUGGACGUGAUCGAGCCCACACAGUUUGUCAAGGUCCAGGAGCUCCUCUUCAAGCAGAUCUCCAGAUGUGUAUCCAGCCCACACUUUCAGGUAGCAGAGAGGGCCCUGUACUACUGGAACAAUGAGUACAUCAUGAGUCUGAUCGAGGAGAACUCCAGCGUCAUCCUGCCCAUCAUGUUCUCCAGCCUCUACAGGAUCUCCAAAGAACACUGGAACCCGGCGAUCGUGGCUUUAGUGUACAACGUACUGAAGGCAUUCAUGGAGAUGAACAGCGUUUUGUUCGACGAGCUCACGGCGACCUACAAGUCGGACCGCCAGCGGGAAAAGAAGAAGGAGGAGGAGAGGGAGGAGCUGUGGAAGAUGCUAGAAGACCUGGAGCUGAAGAGGGGCCUGCGGAACGAUGGGAUAAUCCCCACUUAACACUGGCCCCGCCCACCCCUUGCCCGGCCCCGCCCACCCCUCCCCACCGCCAUCAGAAGGAGCAGUUUUUUUUUCUAUUUUUUCCCCCCCUGCCCUUUUCCCUCCCUCUCUCCUACCCCAUAUUGUGCAACUUACUUUAUGGUAGAUUGACGUUCGUCUCAAUUUCAGCAGCACUGUAAAUAACUGUUUUUUUUUCCCCCGACCACCCGAAAUGAUACUUAAUGCAGAAAGGAAAAAAAAUGUAUACAAGAGGAAGAAAAAAAAAAAAAAAAACUAAUGGUGAUGUACAGGGGGAAAAGAGACUUUGGACAAGUGGGACUUUCUGUAUAAAAAAAAAAAAAAGGAAAAAAAGAAAAAUGCAAAAAACAGAUUGUUUUAUUGGCCUCAAUCACCACCCCCCCCCUUCCCCAACCAGUCCCUUUGGAUUAAAAAAAAAAAUCCUCCUCCCUGUCUAUCGUGCCCAUGCCUGAGGCAACCCCAAAAGUGUGAGGCAUCCCCCAACUCAUUUGACCAUAUACCAUGGCAGCACAGCACCCCCCCCCCCGCCCCAGAAAGGUAUAUGUCUAGGAACCCAGACAAGCGGACAGGCCCUCAAAAUCAGACCUUUACUAAUAACCCCCCCUCCACUCCCCCCCCUCCACAGGAAACAGCAUAAAACUACUGCAGAUCCUUUGGACUCAGGAAAUAUAGCAUAAAACAUAAAAAAAGAAGGAAGAGAAAUUCUAUGUCCUCCCCUGGAUCUCUCAAAAGUGGCCUACAAAGCUACGAUGCAGACCAACAGAAGGAAAGCGUAAUAAACAAUUGGAAAAAAGAAAGGUUUUCUCCCAAGUUUUGUUUUUGGUUCACCUCAGGACGUCUUCACUUCGGCAAAAAAAAAAGACUGGUUUCGAACGAGGUUCCUUAAGGUUCCAAGCUGCCCACUCCCUCUCACUCUCACUUGCUCUCUCCCUCUCCAGUGCCCCCUGCUGGUGAUGGUCUGGUACAGGUAUCGUCAACACGUGUUCCAACAAGAUAGCUUGUCUGCUACUCCUGUAUGAUGGAAAAAAACAGUACCUGUCUCUGAUCAUCACAGUAUUAAUAAUCUGCGUACCACUGUUAUCAAUUGCAGUAAACUGACAUCUUGUAUCUUUUUAGUAAUUUAGCAUAUAUUUUAAUAGGAACCCCUUGAGUGUAACAGAACCAGGCUUCCUGGUAUUUUUGAUGCUUUUGUUCUUUUUUUAAAAGUUCUUUUCGAUCAUAGGAGUUGGUUUUUAGUGGUGUGGGGGGAGAUCCCUGACGAUUCUCGACCACAGCGAUGCCUGCAUUUCUGAUCCCAUUCAGACUUACUGUGUGCUUUAGAUUGGCCCAGGCAUAAUACAAUUUAAGAAAACAAAAGGGUUGGAUAAAUGGAAAGAGUCUAAUUAUUUUAAAAAAUAAAGAAUUAUUAAAUUAAACCUGUUUUGUGAUAAAGCAAA